AUGAUGAGCUCGCCAGCUCGAGCGGGGACCCUGGUGGGGCCGCGGGGCGGUUCGGUGACGCCGGUGGGGCGUCGAGCCACGAAACGAAAGCUGGACGACAAUGCGAAAGAACCAAAUAAAAGCAGUCAGUUCGGCACGAGAGCGUCAACGCGGGCAGCAGCUGCGGAAGUCAAUCACGUUCCCAACGUCGAUAUGAGAAACAGCAGCAAUCGCGAAGAGACGACGACGCUGCAGUCGGCCUUGGAUUUGCUAGGCACGUACCGCACCGUGGUUCAAGAGCUAAGGGAAGCAAUCAAAGACCAGAACGAGACCAUCCGCACUCAGCAAGGGCCGAUUCGAGAGUUGAAAGAUGCAGCCGAAGAACAGCACAAUUUGAUCCGUGAUUUAAGCCAACAACUAAAAGACAACCAGAAACAGACAGGCGACGAGCUGAAGCGCGUUCAUGAACAACUUGAAGCUAUCACGGCGACCACAGUCUCUACCCCGCAGAGUUCUUCCACUGACGUCACAAGCUCGUCGCCCUCGCCAGUUCUCUCGUGCGCAAACACGGCGCCGACGCCUGUGAAUCGCAUUACCGCUGGUGCGGCUCGCGCCCUUGUCGAGCGCGAGGUCCGGACUGAACGGGAUCAUGCCAAUUGGCGUUGCCGUGCGGUGACCACGGAUGCACGCAAUCGAAUGCGCUUUGGGAUUAUAUGCAGGGACGAAACCGAGCACCAGUUGGUGAAGCGUCUCGUCGGCACAAAGCUACCGCGAGGUGCGCGGAUGUUGCGGGACGAGGUCCACCCCAUCCGUGUGGAUCAUGUCAACCUUUUUGCGAUCCUCGACGAGAUGGGCGCCAUUCACACUGGUGCUAUCGGGUGGCUUAGCAAUAGCGACUCGCCGAAGGCAUACGACUCCAUGGUCGUGUACCUGACCAAGCCCGCCGCCCACCUCACCGCCCAGGCCUUGUGGGCUUCUUUGUGUGUCCAUGUCUUCCGUGUGGAACGGAGGGAGUACAAGCAAGGUUGGGCGGGGUAUGGUCGAAGCAGCGGAGCUGGGAAGAAAAUAUCGAGUCAACUGUGUGCGGGGUAUGACAGGCCACUACCCAUUACGUCAAAUACUACCCAGAGAUCAUACGAAAUCACAUCAAGUUCGCCCGCGGAUAGUCAAAUUCUACUGCACUUUACUGUUCCACCUCCGCGGAACCGUCCAGCUGGGUCAGCAAACUGCUCGACCUACCUCGUCCACGCAGCGCUGUUACACCGACAGCGCACGAUAGCCCAUCCCUUUGCGGCGUACAUGCCAUCCCCACGACUCCGUUUGACGAUUCGGAGACUCCCGGGUUGCCGUUCAGUCUGCAAGAGUUCUUGGCCAUUGCGACUAAUACAUAUCGCGCCUGCCUUCACGUUGCUCUCACUGUCUAUCUAUUCACUGUCUAAAGAGCCCUGGAGUUUACCUCUGCCGUCCUCAUGGCAGAAAUCAGCCCUCCUCCACCUCAAAAAGAAAUCGAACAAAGGACAAAGUGGGCUUCCUGCUGAUAAGGACAAGAAUGGCGAACGAUUCAACAGUCACAUCCUGCCGAAGCAUUUCAAUCACUGCAAUACGUUGAGUUUCAUACGGCAACUGCACAAGUAUAGCUUUCACAAAGUGAAACCACCAACGAGUGAAAGGAUUUCCGAGUUCAAACACUCAUGUUUCAGACGGGGCGACAACGCAGAUCGGUAUAAAAUUCGUCCAAAGGCGCCGCCAUCAAGGCGCCCAGGAACAACCAAUAGGCCUGCAAACGCCCAGCUCAUCAGCAUCACGAAACAAUUAGCAGCAACGCAGCGGCAGGCUAGGAAGCUUGCCCAACUGUAUACUGACGUAGCUCGUACCAACAAACUCCUAGUUGAGGAGACGCUUGCCGUGCGGGAGAUCCUUACUGCACAGGCCCAAGCGCAACACGAGAUACUUAACUAUCUUUCCCCAUUUACCUACGACGGGCUGAAUAACAAUCCCGCUGCGAAAGUUAGACACAAGACGCAAGACGAGGGACGCAUGACACCGGGCGCGGGAGCGACCUGUUAA